ACCACAUGGCACAAUCAAUCUUACGGAGCCCAUUAAAACAAAUGUAGCACAACUGCCAAAACCCCCGCUGCACUCGAGACGACACAAAGACAGUGUUUGCCUAAAAAUAAACAAUGCUCCACUUAUUUAUUCACAAUUCUCAAAAUACUGCGUCUGAACCGCUGCAAUCCAGCGUCACACAGUUUAAAACUGUGAUGUCUAAAGAGGCUUGAUACAAGAUGACAAAAAUAUGCCAGCGUGGUUCUGAGCGUGUGUACAGAUUCAGGUCAGACUUUGAAAGGAGAUGAAACGCCGGAGCCAUCUUAAUAAGAGAUGCUCUCGAGAGCACAGUGGGAGACAGAGAGUGAGAGAGAUGCCGUCAAAAUAAAAGGAAUUGGAUAUCACAGGUUUAAUGAUUUCACUGUCAGAAUGAAUGAUGGCAGAGUAUGAAGAUAUGAGGGAAAAAUAAAGGAGUCUGAUGGUGCGAAAAACUCUGUCUGACAUGUUAGCAGCUUCAUCCCGCCAUUCUGCAAUACAGCCAUCAUCACACUCUCACUUUGGGGGCUCGCAUCUAGAUCACUGAAUGGACCAUGCAUAUCAUAUAACGGGGGGAAUCAAAGACAUGUGCCAGCCUGUGAAAGAAGCUCAUCUGUCUAACCGCCUGACACCGUUUCGGUUCGCUUUUGGCCCCCGAGAGGCUCCAGGAGGCGCAGAACAUCCUCAGCGGGUGUUGCGAGGCGGCGCUCACACGGGCCUGCAGAUGUGCAGAAAGGGCUGAGAGAGGCUGAGACCGUUGCCGGGAGUUGCUCGUACGGCUGAGCAAGCGCUCAGAGUGGCCCUGUUCACUCCAGUGAAUAUGGGUAUCCUUUGGCAAACGCAAAGUUUGGACAAGCACAGCUCCCUGCCAGCAGCAGAGAUUAAAGCUGUGUGUUUAGAAGUGGAUGGCAGGGACUGGCUGGGUGGAAGUUUCCCCCACAGGCAGGGAACGUGGCAACUAAGGUCAGGGGCCUGCCACAUCACAGCCCUAAAAAUAUCCUCCGCAUUUGAUGCCCGUCACCGAGCGGUUACACAAUCGCUGCCCAGACUCGGAGCCUGCUAGAAUUAAACCUUCACCGUGUUCUGCCUUUAAGGACAAGCUGCCAGAAUGAUGAAAACACAACUCUCAAGAAGGAAAACAGACUUCACUCUCUCGGAGCCGCGGUGAGGAAAUGGCUUCUCACAAGUCGAAGACUGGCACCAAGAUAAACGUUACAAAGGCAGAAUCCAGUCCAGUGGAGGAGUACGUCACGCCUGGGGGCUACGAGCUGGACAAAGUCCUCAACCGUGGGAGUGUGGCUUACACUCAUGUCAACGAGGUCUGGCCUAAUGUGUACAUCGGGGACGAGCAGACCGCAAAGGACAAGUACAAUCUGAAAAGGCUGGGGAUUACGCACAUCUUGAACGCAGCAGAGGGGACGUGGAACAACGUGGACACCGGAGCCGGUUACUACGGCGACAUGGACGUCGUCUACUACGGCGUGGAGGCAGAGGACGUCGCGACCUUUGACCUCAGCCAGCAUUUCUCCUCGGCUGCCCGGUUCAUCGAAGAAACGCUGAGCAACCCUCAGAAUAAACUGCUGGUGCACUGCGUGAUGGGAAGGAGUCGGUCCGCCACCCUCUUCCUCGCGUACCUCAUGAUCUGUGAGAGCAUGACGGUGGUCGACGCCAUCGAGCACGUGAAGAGGCGCAGGCGGAUCAUCCCCAACUGGGGCUUCCUGAAGCAGCUGAGGGAGCUGGACAUGCAGCUCCUGCAGCAGAGAGACUCCACAGAGCCCAGAUGAUUUUCAGACCAGAGUUGAAAGAGAUUACAGCUCAUAUUCAUUCAAGUUCAGUCACAAGUUAUUAGAAACAAGUCCUAGUCGAGUUUUAGGUCUAUCACAGUAACUCUCACAGUAACUCUCCUACUCUCUAUUUGUGAAAAAGCCCAAGUCGGAUCUGGAAGUGAGUUCAAACCGAGCCCCAGUGAAGACCUUUAAGAGUUCAAAUUGGGUCACAAGUAAUUUUAAGACAACUUAAAGUCUCGUCACUGGGGAUACGAGACCAAGACCAAAAGUUAAGUCUUAAGUUUGCCAGUGAAACUCUUAUAAAGACUCAAGUUCUUCCAGAGAUCAGGUUCGAGUCGUGUGAAGCCAAACUGAGCAAAUGGCAAAUCAGCAUGAAAGUGUAUCAGGUCUUUGAAUGCUGAAUGAUAUGAAUAUAUAUGAAUAUUCCAUUUUUUUCUCCAUAAUAACAUAAAGUUGCUGCUGUCUGAUUUUUAUUUUGACUUUACUGCGGCUUAACUGUUUAUGCUUUGACGUUUCAUGUCAAGUUUAUAGAGGUUGAAAUUUGAAGUCUCGGAGCAGUGGAGUCCAAGUUUCCUUUUUUGUUUUUAAAAUUCUAAAUUACUUUCCUGCAGAGAAAACAGCUGUCUGUUAAUUCCCCGCUCUCACUGUUUGACACGCCUCAGGGCGGUUUCAAAUUAAAAGGAGAACAAUCAA